CUGUUGACCAAUCAUCGGUGCCCAGCAGUUUGAACGAGAAGCGGGUGCGGCGGAUUCGAUUCCUUCGGCAUAGACAUGAAAAAGCGAACAUAAGAUAACAUAAUUAAUCACGGGAAUGGAUUAAACAGCGCAUCAAGUGUUUCGUUUGUCUUCUCUGGGUCAGUAACGUCAGCUGAGUGCGCCUGAACGCCCCGUCGAUGUAACACGAGUCUGGAUUAUUAGCGUCGUCACAUGAAGUCGGUAGUUAUGAAGACGUACGGCAAGGAGAGGCGAAAGCUGUCCGCCUGGAUCUCCCCGGACGACCGCAAGAAGGCCUUCGACAGCUCGCGCUCGACAGACGGCGACUCCCCCGUCUUUGAGCCCGCUAACCCGACCAGGAAAAGAGGGAGGAAGACCAGCGUUUCCAGUCGGAGAGCGACCCGUCCCGCCAAGAGGAAGGCCAUGCUAUGUCUGGCUGAGAAGAGCUGUGACGAGGAGAACGCGCCGUGUCCUUCCCGUCCUCAGCCUGCUCGGCAGAGCAAGACCGCCAGAGUGAAGAACAUCAGCGUCGCCUGUAGUCGAGCAGUGCGUCCUGCCAACAGAAGGGCCCCGUUAUGUCUGAAGGAUUCCACCAGCGAUGAGGACGACGUCAACGGGGCCUCUCCACCCCGCCCUCAGCCCGCCCAGCAGAGCAGGACAGACAGUCUUCUUUUUUCUGCGGGCCGCUUUGUAACGCGCCGCAGACGCGCUGCUGCCACCAAACUUGCCAAAUCGCCGUUCUACGUAUUCGACUCUUCAGACGACUUUACGUCCAGGGCCUUCGGUCCCAGGAGAAUAGUUCGACCCAGGGGGAGGAGCGCCCGCCCAGCGCCUUUGGCGUCGAGUGCAGAGAACUCUCUGAACGCCGCGGGGGACGCCGGCUUCGCCGCCAAACCCUUCCGAGAGACUUCCCUCAACGAGUCGACGAAUCACAGCCUCGGACCCUGCCCCAGGAAGCCCAUCUUUUGCUCCACCCCCUCGGCGGGCUCCUUCAGCAAACGGCCACGCCUUAAACACCCGUCCAACAACGACCACUCCUCCAGCCCUCCAUCCAUGUCCGUGAGUUGCAGCGUUGUCUUGAGCACAUUCCAGGAGGACGUGGAUUCGCCGGGGCAGCCGGGUUCCCCGCCGCUUUCUGCAGAACCCAACGGGCGGCUUCGUUCUGAGGAGAAGCGAGGGCCAGGCCCGCAUCGCCACGAAGCGCCCUCCGGUUAUUCGUUUACGGAGCCCAAGAGCUCCAACAAGAGACGUCACUGCAGCGAGGAAGACGCCGGAACCAGGGAUGUCGGAGGGUCGUCAAGUCUGAAUCUGCUCUCGACAGACGACGGCGAAAGCAGCAGUCGUUUUGUGUCGUCAGCGGGAGGGUUGGAGUGGCUCAGGGACGCUCUGAAGGAGAGGUGUCUGGCCGAGUGCUGCGCCGUGCGGCUGGAGCGAUUGGACAAGUGCGCCGUGUCGCACAUCCUGCAGUCCUCAGAACCAUCGUUUCGCCUCCGUUCAUCUCUGAGCCACAUUAAAGCCCGCCGCCGUUCAGGCUCGGUAAAUAGUUUAGAGGCCUCCGAGCACGCGGCCUUGGUGACCGCCGGUCACAACGCGAACACUUCGCCGUCGGCCGAAGACUCGCGCUCGCAGCGAUCCAUGGAGCAGUCGGCAUCGGUACUCUAUGUCGACUCUACCCACCACAACGACGGCAACGUUGAGUUCAUCGCGGGCGCACAUUUACCAGCCGACGAGCCGAUCGAUGGGUCCACGCGAACACCGUCUGCUGGAGCAGCUCAGGGCCAACGUCUUCCUAAGAAAUGCACAGUUCAGAUCCACAAAAUGGCUUUGUCCCACGCAAACAUGUUCAGAAAUGACAAUGACACGACGGACCCAGAAGACGCCGCAGAGGGGAGGACGUUGUCGACAACCCACAGCGGUCUGGUGGCGCACACGCGCUCUGGUCGCUCAGAAGCGUCGCUCGCGACAACGCUGAAGGAGAAAUGUCGAACUGCCAAAGUCCUUGUCGAGGUGAGGAGAGUCACUCCGUCACAGCUGAGGGGAAUUCAGCAGCUCAAAGAAGCCACCCUCGAAUCCCCCAAAGACGCACCGGGCUCUGCCGGCGACGAGGACCGGGCAUCGCGCGGCCACCGGUCUGAGAGGGAUGCCAACCGGCGCGCCGCGGAGAAUAGACACUCGGCCGGCUCCGGAGACGAGGUCGCCGCCAAGAGCAAAAAAACGCGUGCGGCCGCGAAAGAGCCGAAGCCGAGGAGGAGCACGUCAGCCGACCGGCCCGGGACGACCAGGAAGGCGUGCGUGAGCGGCCUGAGCGUGAGCCGCUGGAAGAACCACGCCGGCGCACACGCCUUCAGGAGCAAGCCGGUGGACUGCAGCAUCGACGACCUCAUGUCCACGCAACACAAACAACCACGGGAGUGGCUGGGCAGCGCCGUGAGUUUCUCCACCCCGCAGAAAGCCAGUCGCCUCAACCUCUCCUCUCUGCUGGCUGACCUGACGCCCAACACGCACACCUGGAGUCGACUCAAGGCCGCCCUCUCUGUUCAUCGCAAGAACAAGGUGCUACUCACGCCGAGGAGUUCACGUCCGGCGGUGCCACGCUCGUCUCACCGAUUGGACUUGGUCGACAUCAGCCAGGACCUCUUUGCCACACCCUUUAGAACGCCACUCCCCAAGCGCGUGCGUUCAGGGCUGCUGAGCAGCAAUUCCCUGGUUCCGUGUGAGGACGCGGAUCUGUCGGACGCAGAGAAGGUGUGUGCCGAGUGCGGCCAGCCGCGCCCUCUGCCGUGGGAGCAGUGCGUACUCCCCCAACGCAUGAAACAGUGUGUGAAGAUAGGGGAGGGGACAUUCGGUGAGGUCUUCUCCACCACCAACGCAUCAGGAGACACUGUAGCCCUCAAAAUCAUUCCAGUAGAGGGCAGCGAGAAGGUGAACGGAGAGGACCAGAAGACCUUCGGAGAGAUUCUUCAUGAGAUCAUUAUCUCAAAGGAGCUGAGCAGCCUCAAAGAGAAGCAGCGGAACAAGACUCCCGGAUUCAUCGGACUCAACGGCCUCCACUGCGUUCAGGGCCGCUACCCUCCGGAUUUCCUGAACGCUUGGGACGCCUUCGACCAGCAGAAAGGCUCCGAGAAUGACCGACCAGGUUUCUUCAAAGCGGACCAGUUAUUCAUAAUCCUGGAGUUUGAGUUCGGCGGCGCCGACCUCGAGAACAGCAAUGGAACGCUGAAGUCUUUGAUGGUGGCCAAGAGCAUCCUUCAUCAGGUCACUGCUGCCUUGGCUGUAGCUGAGCAGGAGCUCCACUUUGAACACAGGGACCUCCACUGGGGCAACGUGCUGGUCAAAGCCACCACGCAGAAGACGGGGAGCUUCCUCCUGAACGGAGCGGCCCACUCUCUGGAGACUAAAGGGGUGCUGGUCCGCAUCAUCGAUUACUCUCUCUCCAGACUGGAAAUCGAUGAUCUGACGGUGUCCUGUGAUAUCUCCAAUGACGAGGAGCUCUUUAUGGGCCGGGGAGAUUACCAGUUCGACAUCUACAGACUGAUGAGACGGGAGAACGGAAAUAACUGGAGCAGCUACCACCCCCACACCAACGUGCUGUGGCUCCAUUACCUGUGCUCCAAGCUGCUCUCCAUGAAGUACCGGGGCUCGGGAGGGAGGGGCUUCAAGGCCAUGCGAGGGGAGCUCACUCAUUUCCAUGACAACGUCCUCCAGUACAGCUCUGCCACCGAGGCGCUGCGAACCUGCCCCAUGUUUCAGUAGUACUAUGAGUAUGAAGCCCGUGUGGGUCGUCGGACCCUCCAUGAGCGCAGACGUGUAGGCGGUUAUUGAUUUUACUUUUAAUGUCCAGUGUUUACGCGGCUGUCAUUUGACACAGGUUAUCAUAAAACCCUUUUUGAAAACAAAGUACUCAUGUUUAUUAUGCAUUUCUUUUAGUGCCUGUUCCUGCAUUUCUGUAUAUAUGCAUUAAAAAAAAAAAAAGAUUCAUA